CAUUUAUAAUAAAAAAUUUAAAGUUAACAAUUAAAAAAAAAAAUAUAAUCAUGCGCAAUAUGGGUCGCCUGUUUCAAUAUAAUCGCUUUGGCGGCAAUGAAGAAAAUGCUGAGGAUAAUAAAAAGGAUAUACCAUCACAAGGAGGCGCCAAAAAUAGAGAGCUGCAACAGCAAUUUGGCGCAAAUUGUCCAGCGUACGCUGAAUUAUAUCCGGAUUACGCCUGCACUGUCAGUCGAACUGAAGCCACAGCGACGCCUACAGUUGCCACCACAACAGCAAUGCCGCCGACAAUGACAACCACACCUACAGCAGUAGCAACAACAAUGACAAGUCGCAGCAUAGACUUGGCCUUGCGCAAAUAUCAGCAAUGGAGCAGCAAGUUUUUAACAACUACCAACAACAAUAGCAACACAUUGUGUGCAACAGAAAAACAUACAACAACAAUGCCAACAUUGCCAGUUGCAACAAAUGCUGACAGUGUCACUCACUUGUCAACGUCUUCAUCACAAAAAUCCAACUCGUGCUCACACUCACAAUCACAAUCACAAUCGCACUCCUGCUCGUACUCCACCUCCUCGGGCUAUUAUAGUCGCACAAUGGUUGCCAGUGGGGCGGAGAAACUGACGUGGCAUGAGCAUCAGCACGGCUGGCGUGCGGAUGGUGAAGGAGAUCGAGAGCUGCUCGUUAGUGCCAGCAAAAGACCAAAAGUAUAUGAUUGCAUGAAGGACUUUUUACGUAGGAAACUCUUUCAGCAGCGACAUGAACCACAGCAGGAGCGAGAACAACAGCUGGAAAAACAACAAAACUACCUAACAGCGCAUUGCAAAAGCGACACUGAGGAGGAUGUCACAAGUGAUUAUGAUGAGGUCGACAUAUUGGAUUCCUCUUACAAUGCAGACGAGGAGGACGCCAGCGAUUGCAGUAGUCAAUGCACUUACCCAUUAGAAAGCGACACAGAGGAAGCUACGUCAGCACACGAGCUACAGCAAGACCGAAAAAGUAGCGUCCAAAGCACUACACCACAGAAAUCGAUUAGUCCACAAAAGUCAAUGCUCUCCCUCAAUUGUUGGCAAAACAUCACCCAAUACACGGACUCCACCACAGAGCCGGAAGAAGACGACACCGAGGAUGUAGCAGACUGGCGCGCGACCCAGAAGACUGCUGCUGAUGAUGAUGAUUACCAACACAUCGCUGCCGAAGAUUCCGAUGCUGGCAUCUCCGAUUGCUGUCAGUUGAUAAGCGACAAAACAAGUCCGGCGAAACAACGUAAGCGAAAGCAACAACAAAAGCACAAACAGAAACAGAAACAAAAGCAAGAGAAAUCGCCGCGCUACAACCUCAGCUCCGCCAACGACGAGGUCGAACUGCUGGCCAGCAGUUGGUACCAACCGCGCAUCACCACCAAAGCCGCGCUCGAGCGUCUACUGCCCGCCGCCCCCGGCACCUUCCUGCUGCGCCGCAAAUCGCGCACCUACGAGCUAUGCCUGCGCGCCGAAACGAAGGUGAAACAUUUCGCCGUCGUGUCGCUGGCCGACAAUCAUUACAAGCUUAAAGGCGCCAAGAAGCAAUUUACAUCGUUAAAGGCAUUGGUCACGCAUCAUUCCGUUAUGGCGGAACAAUUGCCGUUGACUCUGGCAUUGCCGCGCGAAUACGAAAGCAACAAAGCGUACAGUGGCAAGUGGGCGGAGGCACAAGCGGCAGCCAUGAAUGUUGUAAGCGCAAGAACAUUGAGAUCCUUGCGUUAUGCUGAUGACUUUGAUACGUACGAGUCCUUGCAAAUUUUGGGUUUAUUGCAGGAUUGGCAGUGCGAAGCGAAUGAAUUCUAAAUGGCGAAUGGCGAAUGGCGAAUGGUGAAUGGGUAAUUCAAGUAAAUGUCGGCGGACGUUGGAAGUUGAAGAAGUCUUAAAGACGUAACGCUCCGAAUGGCCAAAAAGUAUUACGACGAGGCGUGUGCAGUUGAGCAAUGCGACGAAGUGAUGAAAGUAGGAAUUAAGCAAGUUGUGUAAUACUCAUAGUUUGUUAGUGUUGUUGUACAGCAUCGAAUAUUGUAUUUUUAAGUUGUUAGAUUU